UUUAAAAUUUUGUGAAAAUUGUUGUAUAUUUUUCUUUAAAAAUAUGGCUAAAACUAAAAAAUCUAUAAAUAAAAAGAAUUCUUUACAAAAAUCCACAAAAAUGAUGGAAAGCAAAAAGGUCGCUGUAAAAAAGCAGCAGGAAUCUGAUGAAGAAAUGUUACUGGAUAAGGAGGAUUACGAUUCUAUGAUAGAAAAUGGUACUAGUGAGGAAAGUGAUAGUGAAAAUGAGCAACAAAAUGAGCAACCCUCCGAAGAUGAAGUGGAAGAAGAAUAUAGUGGUAGUGAUGAUGGUUUUUCGGACAAAGAAGAAGAGAAAGAAGAAAAACCUAAGAUGUCCCAAGCUACAAAGAGAAAGCCUAACGAGUCAGUGGAAGUAACACAAAAUAAAAAACCUAAAGGUAACAAUCCAUUUGCCCCCGAAAAAGUAAAAGCUCCCACUUUGGAGGAGAUAAACGAAUUGAAAGAGACACGUAAUCUUUUCCACUCCAACAUCUUUCGUCUGCAAGUUAAGGAAAUGUUGCAAGAAGUUAAGAUUAAAGAUAAAUAUAACAAUUAUAUCAAUACGUUUAUGGAACAGUUUAAAAGUUUUGUAAAAAGUUUAAAAAAUCAAACGGAAAAGCAAGAUAUUGAUAAGUUAACGUGGCUUAAGAAAUCUCAGCUAGCUGUACCUAUUAAUCUACAAGCCUUAAAAGUGCAACAACAAAAAGUAUUCCAAUUUCAGUUUAUUAAACCCACUACAGAACCAUUUUUAUUGGGAGCUUGUAAUACACAAACUUUGUUGGGACCCAAAUUACAGGCAGACAUAGCUGUUCUUAUGCCGGAGGAAUGUUGGCAAAAGGAAAAUUAUCUUAAUUUACAAUAUGAUCAGAAAAGAGCAUAUUAUUUGACUUAUUUAACACAAAAACUUUUGGAAUCUAAAGUAAUAGCUGGUUUAAGGGAGGAACAUCUUAAAUUCAAUUAUUACAAUAAUAAUCCCUUAAAAUCAGUGUUGGAAAUUACACCUCCAGUCGAGGCGGGCAAGAAUUUGUCACAGAAAUUAUCUAUACGUAUUUUUAUAGGCUGUGAACAAAAUUCCUUUAAACUUAACCGUUUUGUACCGUGGAAUAAUAACAUACGUUCUAGUCUGUUCGAUAGCGACGAUGAGGACUCAGUACCCUUGGCUACACCCAGUUAUAAUGCUAAUAUAUUAUUUGAUUUGACAAUGUAUGAAAAUCAAAAGCUUCUUAAGGAAGUAUUUGAACUACAUAAAAACUUUCAAGAGGGUUUAGUUUUACUCAAAAUAUGGCUGCGUCAACGUCAACUAGAUGUCGGUUAUGGUGGUUUCAAUGCCCAUAUAUUAGCUAUGUUUAUAGCGUUUUUAUUUAAACAACGUAAGCUGCACAGCAAUAUGAGCAGUUAUCAGGUGGCUCGUAAUGUUUGGAAUCAUUUGGCCUUUUCAUCUUGGCAUGAAAAUAACAAGGGCAUUACUUUGUGCAGCAAUAUCGCCGCCGCUAUAGCCAAUCAACCUACGUUAGAACAAUUUCAUGCCUAUUAUCCUGUAGUAUUCAUCGAUGUUACUGGCUUUUAUAAUAUAUGUUCGAAUGUUAAUGUUGAUGUUUAUAAAAGAAUAUGCUUGGAGGCUAAAUUGGCGGUGGACAUGUUGAAUGAUAUGAAAGUGAAUAGUUUUCAAUUGUUAUUUAUGUCCAAAUUGCCGCUUUAUUCACAAAUGGAUCAUAUUUUAAAAAUAAACAAUUCCGAUGCUAUAGAACAAAUCCUUGAAAUGCAUGUUACACCUGCUGAUAAAUACAAUUAUGCUGGCUAUGCCUAUCCACAACUUUUGAAAGUAGUUACCAGUCUGUUGCAAAAAGGUCUCUCUAAACGUGUGCAAUUCAUGUUGCCCUUAGAACAAUUGACCACGCCUUGGAGUGUUAAUGAAUCUGCCGUUGCUGCACCACAACAUUUGCAUUUAGGUCUUAUUCUCAAUCCUGAACAUGCCUACGAAAUACUCGACAAAGGUCCUGAAUCUAUAGAUGAUGAAGCCGCUAAAUUUCGUGCUUUCUGGGGUGAGAAAGCCCAAUUGAGACGUUUUCAAGAUGGCAGCAUAACCGAGUCUGUAGUCUGGGCUGCUGCCAAUGAUGAUCUCGCCAAAAAACGUUUAAUUGUCCGCAGUAUUGUUUUGUAUUUGUUGCAACAUCAUUUUCAGCUUGAAAACAAAGAUAUCGAAUAUAUAGCUGGUGAAUUUGAAUCCGUAAUUGAAUUGACAAAAUCUUUCAAAGUGGACAGUUUAAGAUUGAAUAAGCAAAAAUUGAAUCAAGACACUAAUGCAGAAGCUACCGCUCUACAGGUGAUAAGAGAAUUUGAUGAUUUGGCAAGAAAAUUGAAUGGUUUAAAGGAGUUGCCUUUAGAGAUUGUAUCUAUAGCGGGUAUAUCACCUGUAUUGCGGUAUUGUGAACCACAACCUAUUUUACCCAGGGCGAAGUGUAUUAAGGAGCAAAUAUUCUCGGAUCAUAUACAGUAUGGUGUUAUACAGUUGGGACAAAGUGGCAAAUGGCCUGGAGAACUGACCGCUUUGCGUGCUCUCAAAACAGCAUUUUACAUACAAAUUGCUGAAUUGGUGCAAGAAAAAUACAAACUUAUCUGCAGAGUCACCUACGAUGGUGUUUUGAUUUUAAAACAGGGCUAUUGUUUCAAUCUAGAAAUAGCCCAUCCCAAAGAGGUGGGUUUGCUUAAAAAGGAAAAAACCGAUAAGGGUAUAACAACUCAUAUAGACUGUGCAGAAAGUAUUGCCCUCGAGAAACGUCAUUAUAUUCUACCCAAAGUAACGGGUGCCUUAAAGUCACUCUAUCAAAAUCAUUCCUCUUUUGGACCCACUGUUAUGAUAGCCAAAAGAUGGCUAUACAGUCAACUUAUAGACAAUGGCCUUUGGCCAGAAGAAUGUACAGAAUUGAUGGUAGCCUCACAGUAUUUAAAGACAGCCAGUCAGUGUAUAACCAAUUCACCACAAAUAGGUUUUAUAAGAUUUCUGCAAUUGUUGGCGCAUACGGAUUGGAAAACGGAAUUGUUUUUGUUAAAUUUCAACAGUGCAAUGGAGGAAACGGAUAUAUCCGAUUUGGAACAACGUUUCUCAACGGAACGUAAUACAUUCCCGCCACUUUGUAUUGUUACUUCUUAUGAUCAGAAACAUUAUGGCAAGAUUUGGAGCACGGAACAGCAACCUAAUGUUCAUGUUUUGGCGCGAGUUACUUUGCUAGCCCGUCAAACCUUGGAAAUUAUAGAAUCCACUCUGCUGUCUUCCUGCUUAACACUCAUAAAGCCAGCUAAAGUAUUUAAAGCUCCCACGCAAGGUUACGACUUUGUUAUACAACUAAAACCCGAUCAAGUAACCAAUAGUUUAAACUUGGAUUUUGGUUCAUCUUUUGUGGAGUUUACCAAACCCAACUGGCAUAUGCCUUUGGCUGGUAGUAAUUUUGUAGCUAAUGCUGUGCAAAAAUUAAGGGAAGCCUAUUCCGAUUUUGCUGCCUUUUUCUAUAAUCCCUGUGGCGGCAAAGAGAUAGCUGUCAUCUGGAAACCGACCGCCUUCAAUGCUAAAGAAUUCAAAGUUAAUGAUGUUAAUGGCUGCUCUUUAACAUCGGAUCACAAACGUGUACAAGCUAAAAAAGAAGUUUUAAUCGAAGAUUUUAAAUUCAUUCUUAAAGAUUUCUAUUUACGCAUGGGUUCCUUAGAGUUUGUACGACAGUCCAAUGAACAGUCAACACAAAAUAAAACGCAAAACACAAGCAACAAUACAAAUCGUUAUUUUGGAGUAAAGAACGUUUCCGCAUCGGAAAAUGUUAAAUCCGCCUUAAAACAGAAAUCCAACGGUUUAGCUAAAAGUAAUCAUCACAAAAAGCCUGCCAUUGUCAGUAAAAACAAUGCGGAAUUGAAAGCAAAACCUCAAUUAAAAACUAAAGCAAAACCGCAAUUAAAAACUAAAAUUAAAUCGAAAAAAUGUCUCAAGAAAACGGCAUAAAACUAAAAUAACAUAUAUUGUCUAGUUAAUUAUGUUUAAGUAAAUGUUUAUUACAUUAUUUUAAUAUAAUCCUCUAAUGUUUCUGUACAGAAAUUUUUAUAAAUUUAAAAUUUUUAAU